UCGUAGCAAGACGAACUGAUUUACGCUCUCAAAAUAAUGUCAACAACGCAAAUGGAAUUCCCAUCAUUUCAAGCCAAUUUGUUACAACCCCUACAAUUUGGUCAUAUUUUGGAAAUUUGUGGAAAGACCCAACAAGAUGCUAACAGAAUCUCCAUUAACUUCGGGCGAAAUAAAAUUUCCAAUAACCCCUUCGACGAUAAUGAUUUAGAUCUUCAAAUACUAUUGGACUUUACGCAAAAGCUUAUUAUAUUUACUCAAUUUCCAUCUAGCGACAACAAUAACAUCGAAACCAAAGAUCUUGUUCUAGCAGAUUUUCUUAACGAUUUCAAAUUUUACAUUAUGUUAGCCGAAACAAAAUUUUAUAUAGCUCUCAAUAAUAAACCAUUCGUCAACUUUAAAUACAAUCACAAUUUAGCCAAACUACAAAUACAGGCUGUGGAAAUAACCGGAAAAUUGGAUUAUAUUAAACAAUUGGAUCAUCACAAUUAUUUUCCACACAUCUGGCCGCCCAUACAAAUAAUUGAGGAUUAUUUAGAUUUUAGCAAUGAUCAACCCAUACCAUUUAAACCUGGUCAUAUAAUGACAAUCUCAGCCCGUUUAGGAGGCAAUAAUAAUGGUAGAUUUAUAAUACAAUUCCGUCAUGCAAGAGACAAUAAACGUCAAGAGUUACAUGUGAGUGUACGUUUUGAUACGAAAAAAAUUAUAAGAAAUUGUAAAAGCCGUAAAGAAGACGAUAAAUUGAUAUUUGAUGAUAAAGAGGUUGAUGGUUUUACUUUCUUAUCUUCUAGAUAUGGCCAAGAAGAAAUUGAUGACUCUAGCCCAUUUCCCUUUGCCGAUUUUAGCAAACCUUUUAAACUCGCCAUAGCAUUUUGUGAAACUGAAUUUCGUUUAGCCAAAGAUGGUCAGUUUUUGUUUAACUACAAGUAUAGAUCACCAAAUAUAUUGCCUUUUGUUAUGGGUCCAAAAAUUUUCGGUACCAAUGGUGUUUACGUUAGAGUUAGUGCCGUUGAACACUUAACUUUGGAGGACGCGCAGUGUAAGGAGUUUGAAAAGUAUUCCGUUUAAUGAUUAUUCAGUAUUUUAAAUAAGAAUCUCAAUUGGAUUAUUAUAUGUAUAAGAAGACAUUAAAAAAGAGACUUUGUUGUGAAAAAUUCAGAGCCCUACUUUUACGGUUAUACCUCUUAAUCAUAAACAAUCGUAAAAUUCCCCAGAAAAUUAUAAACGAACGUGUUAUUUUGCUUUUAAAAUAAUGUUAUUAUAUUCCUCUCUUUAUCAUAGUUAAAAACAAAGGUUAUUUGGAAUUUUUUACAUAUACACCGAUUCUGAUGAUUUUGAAUAGCAAUCUUUUUGAAAGCAUGUCUAAUGGAAUAAUGAAAGAUUUGGAUCUCCAUGUUAUCGGUUUUCGUUUAAAAACUGAUUUUAACAUAUAGACAGAUACCUCCGGGUGCAUCUUACGCUAUUGCCGACUCAACAGAGUUCAUCCCAUCUGUAAACGGAAGUGAUCUUUUUAAAUCUUGGAAAUUAAGCAACGUUGCAGUAAUGGUCAGAUAACUGAAAUACUUGUGCAAAGUGCACGUCACGGCGGGUAAGAAGCACAAUAGGGCGGUGGUGAGUCGGCACAGAAGCUCACCCAGUGAUUGGAAAAGAUCACCGUAUAAUAAGAUGUUCACGUAAAGCACUUCGUCAUUUAUAUAGACAUAUAGACGGACAUUAAUAUAUUGACUAUAUACUUACAUAUAAGGACUCGGAAUAAAUAUAUUUUAUAGAGUCGGAAAAUUAUAUUAUAGUAAUUACAAACGGAAUGAGAAAUAUAUAUAAACUCUUCUCACGUCCCCAGGGGCAUGAGACCAGAGACCCGGUAGAC